UCUAUCAUCAACCAACAAUAAGCAAUCCAAUAACCUUAUAUUUUCACACAUCUCUUCAAAAGAAUUCAAACUUUCAGAAAUGGCUUUGGUGAGAAGUUUAUUGGGUGCAAAGAAGAUUCUUGGCCGCUCUGUAACAUCAACAGCUUCUACAAGCAAAAGAGCAACCAUGGCGGCACCACCUAAAGGGUUUCUUGCGGUGUACGUAGGAGAGAGCCAGAAGAAGAGAUAUGUGGUGCCAAUCUCAUACUUGAGCCAACCUUCGUUUCAAGCUCUUCUCAGUAAAGCCGAAGAAGAGUUUGGGUUCGAUCAUCCAAUGGGUGGCUUAACGAUCCCUUGUCCUGAAGAUACUUUUAAGCUAACUCCUACUGAUUAGCACUAGAGUUAGAUUUAUUCAUUGUAUAUAGAUGAUUCUUUACUCUUUCUUCUCGAAUGAGUUUUCUGGAAAGGUUAUAAAAUGAAUUCAGUUUUCA